AUGGUGAAUGCUAAUCCUAAUGUACCUAACGCACCUGUCGGUAAUAUUAACGUAUCCAAUGUCGGUAACGUUAACGCACCUAAUGUCGGAGGACAACUGACUCCUGAACUGCAGAAAAUACUUGAUAGUUUGACCCCAAGACAGAGAAGAAGAUACGAUAACUCGAACCAAAAUGUCGAGCUAUUGGAAAUGAUUCGAGAUGAACGACAAAAAUCGGAAAUCAGUUGGGAAAUAGUCUCUGUUGCAAUUUACAUAAUAAUAACCGUGGCAAUUACUCUCGCAAAUGCACUAUAUUUUAAAAGUGAUAAAUCAACGAAAAAUUUUUCCUUAAUUAUAAAUAGUGUUUAUUAUGGGACUAAAUUCGAUAUUAUGGGAAUAAAGGUAGAAAUCGAUGGGACCAUUUAUAAUAAAAAUUUUGCUUUUAUUAUCAGUAUACCAAUAAUGUUAGGACUAUUGAUUGCGGUGAUUUUGGGCGUUUACGUCCAAUCACCCGUAAUCACAGUUAACUUUGUGAACGUUGGAUUGGAAGUGUCUAGAGGUUAUCAUCAAAUUGGUUGCUCGCUAGUAUGA